AUGGAUCCAGGACACUUCAGCAUGCCGCCCGGCACUGUCCGUCUGAUCAAUGAGGACGGGGAACUGCACAAAAGAGAUCUCAUCUUCCAGCCAGUUCCUACGAAGGACCCGAACGACCCUUUGAAUUGGACGCGUUCGAGGAAGCUGGUUAAUUUCGUGCCCAUCCUUGUCUACACAACCAUGAUGUUUACGAUGGCUGCGAUACCAGCCAUCUUCUGGGUGCUCUGGGUUCCCGAGUUUGACAGCAAUUAUAGCGAGAUGAACACAUCGCUAGCAAUUGCAUACGCUGGUACAAGUGUAGGAUGCGUCUUCUUCAUCCCCGUUGCUAUUAAAUACGGCCGAAGAUCUGUCUACAUCGUCUCCCUAACGGCGAUGCUUGUCUGCACCGUGUGGCAGGCUAAAAUGACAACUAUCGUGGAGCUUUAUGUGUCUUCCUUGAUACUCGGAAUGGCUAAUGCCACAAAUGAGACUAUCGUCCAGAUGACAGUGGCGGAUAUGUACUUCAUCCAUCAGCGAGGAACCGCCAACGGUGCCUACACGGCCAUGGUUAUGACUGGUAGCUUCCUCAGCCCCAUGAUUGCCGGUUACAUAGCUGCGGAUGCCGUCCUCUUCGUGUUCUUCUGCCUCUUCUUCGAGGAGACCAAAUACAUCCCACACAUCGAAGCAGAAGUACCACUCAGCCCCCGAAACUCCGGGGAGAAUCCUUCACAAAAGUCACCAGACACGAAGCCGGCUGUGGACGACUUGGCCUGUGUUUCAAACCCGCGGGACCAUUCCGAGCGCAUCGACAAGACGAUACCGCUUCUCACUUGGCGCCAACGACUGCGUCUGAUCACCAAGACUGACGAGUCACUCUGGAAUCUUACAUAUCUUCCUUUUUUUGUGGCCUUUCGGUUUCCACUUGUCCUGUACACUGGACUGCAAUACGCCGCCACUUUGUGCUGGAUCUCCGUUCAAGCCUCUGUCAUCUCCAUCGCAUAUGCACAGCCCCCAUACAACUUUGGGACCAUCGGCAUCGGUAACAUGAACGUCCCCAUCUACAUCGGUUGCAUCUUUGGGGCAGUCUAUGGCGGUUUGCUGUCGGACUGGUCUGUUAUUAGGCUCGCCCGUCGCAACCACGGCUACUAUGAGCCAGAGAUGCGACUUCACCUCCUUCAUGGAACGCACUGGAUAUUCCCGAGUAUAGGCAGCGCCAUCUUCGGCUUUGCAUGCGGCAGCAUCUUUGAUCUGGCAAUCACUGUGCUCAUCGACAGCUACCAAAUCACCGGCGAAGCUUUUGUAGCUGUUGCCUUUAUCCGCAAUGUCGUUAGCAUGGCUGUUUUCUUUGCCAUUAACCCCUGGAUCGAAGCCCAGGGCCUGCAAAACAUGUUCAUUGUGAUGGGAAUCUUGGCUAUUGUCAUUGGGUUUGCUCACGUUCCAGUCAUUAUCUGGGGAAAGCGUGGUCGGGAGAGAACGGCCUCUCGGUAUCUUAAGCUCGUGGAACUCAGGAAGCACUCCCGUGUCUAG